AUGGCAUCUUCAACUACUUCUAGAUACGCCGCUGCCCACCUCAGCCCCAACGGCCCUGGCGAUUCUCGACCUACUUCCCUACAAAUCGUGAAGGACGAGAAUAGGGAGGCUGCCUUGAGCGAAAAAGUGGCGCUCAUCACCGGCUGCUCUUCUGGUCUCGGAAUCGAGACGGCGAGAGCGAUGAAGGCCACAGGCAUCACCCUUUUCCUCACGGCACGCAACCUUGAAAAAGCCCGCCAUGCACUUGGAGAUAUCCUUGACGGUAAUCGAGUGCAUGUCCUCCACCUUGACUUGGAGUCCUUGGAGAGCGUUCGCUCAUGUGUUGCGGAAUUUAAGUCCAAGAGCGACAAGCUCAACAUCCUGAUCGAAAAUGCCGGCAUAUGCCACGUCCCCAAGGGCAGCACCAGAGAUGGAUUUGAGAUUCACUGGGGCACAAACCAUCUGGCUCACUUUCUUCUAUUUGAACUUUUGAAGCCGAUGUUGUUGGAGUCCUCUGCGGCUGAAUUUCAGUCUCGUGUUAUUCUUGUGUCGUCGAAUGCGCAUAGAGAUGCCCCAAUUGACUUUGGCGAUCUCAAUUGGGAGAAGCGACGAUUCGAUCCUGUUCUGGCAUACUGUCAGAGCAAACUAGCCAAUAUCUACACGGCAAGCGAGAUUGAGAGGCGUUACGGAGCGCGGGGCCUCCACGCGUGGAGUGUCCAUCCCGGAGGAAUCAGGACGGGACUGCAGAGGCCAAGCCUUCAUGGUUUUCUGAUUCUUUUCAAGACCGGAGUUAUGGCCAUGAUGAAAUGGCUGAUGAGCCCCGAACAGGGAGCAUCCACGACCGUUUGGGCGGCUGUGAGCAGGGAGCUGGAGGGCGCGGGAGGGAAGUACCUGGAACAGAAUCAAAUCAGCCAGCCAGUAGAGAAAGGCUUUGGUUUGAUCGACCCCGGGCAUGCUGAGUGGGCUGAUGAUGAGGAUAACGCGAAGAGACUGUACGAUAUCUCUCUGGAGCUGGUGCAACAGUAG